AUGUUGUUUUAUCACUUGUGUGAAAAUAUCCUCGACUAUAACAAUGAUGUUCAGCUAGGGUUAAUUGCUAAAGCUUUUAUUGGUGCUGCAUCAGCAAGUAAAGGGAAAAGAUUGGAGCUAUCCGACAGGCUCUUUUUCCCAAUAUGCCGCUCACGUCAUUGGUUCACAUUCUCUGUGGAUUUCAAGUUUAGGUUGUUCGUUUUUCUUGAUUCUCUGUAUAACAAAGAUGAUGAUUUCCACACUUCAAUCAAGAAUGUCCUUAUCAACAACUUUGUAAGACUAUGGCAGAUUAUAUUCAAAACUGAAGAGAAUAUAUUCAAAAACUUUUCAGUAAUGUAUGCAAAGGUUCCAAAGCAAGCCAACGCUGACGAUUGCGGAGUGUUCACUAUGAAAUUUAUGGAGAUUUUCAAACCAGAGGUGGACACAUGCUCAUUAUUUUCCAAAGAAGAUAUUAUUCAUAUCAGGAUUCAGUUUGCCAACCAGAUCUAUUUCUGCAAAAGGAACAAUGUGGAUAAAUCAGUUGUUGUCAACUACAAGAUUCAGUGGCAGAAUGAUUACUCCCAGGAAAAUAUUUUCUUCAGUUCCUCAGUUUUCGAUCGUCUGCGUCAGGGCACCAGUUCAGCUGCUGCAAGCCUCCUCAAGUGGCAGAAGGAUUACUCCCAGGAAAAUAAGAAGAAAGAAGUCAAAAUGCCCCGCUCCUAG